AUGCCACCGAAAAAAUCCUCGCAGGCUGUUGCGGCCUCGCAAAUGUCAAUGAAUGUAAGUGAUUCGGACGAUCCUGUGGAUCAUGACACGACUUUCGAUGAUGAUGUUAAUCUAAAACCAAUCAUCAGUGCAUCGAUUCAAUACAUACUAGUUCAUAGCUGUAAACCUCAGGUUAUCAAACGACUCGAUUGGAUCAACACAGUACUUCGUCCAAUGGGCUGCGAUGGAAGAAAAGUGUUUCCUGCUGUACAUAAACAAGUUGUGAAAGCUUUGAAUGAGACAUUCGGUUACAAGCUCGUCUCGGACGAAAAACAUGACGGCUAUAUCUUGGUCAAUGCAUUAAAACAAGGUCCACUCGAACGUCGACCAUUAGCAAAUUCUAGUCAAUAUUCGAAAUAUGCUCUAUUAAUGAUCAUUGUUGCUUGUUUAAAACGUGCAGGUGGUGAAAUGUCCGCAGUUGAUUUCUGGGCGAUACUCAGUGAAACACUUUCCAUUCGUAACGAAGAAUCAACACGGUUGGCAACGAAUCAACAUAAACUCUUCGGUGAUGUUCAAAAAUUAAUUCGAACAGAUUUUCCUAAAGAAGGCUAUUUAAUCUUCGAGCAAGCAAAAGAUUUAACCGGUGAUACGCAAGCCACCACCCAAACUGUGAAACUCGGCUUUCGUGCACAACAUGAAUUUCCUGAUGAAGCAAUAGAUGAAUUUAUUGAAAAAGUUGGAGAAUACGGAAUUGAAAGCGACACAGAGGAGGAUAAUAAUGAUGCUAUGGAAGAUGAUACUUAA